AUGGAGCAGGUGACAGAGACAGAGUUGGAUGAAGGCUCGGAGAAGCAAUUGGCCUGCUUCCAUUUUCAGGUCCAGCUGCAAUCCUCCUUGGAUUCCAUGGAGGACAGAAAGAAAAAUAAAAGUGAAUUGAAGCGUCAGCAGAAAGAGAAGAUUUCAGAACUGGAUAAACUCGGAGGAUCCCUGGAGCAACACAUCUCUGAAGCAUUUGCCAAAAUUCAGCAAUAUCUUGAAGACAAAAAAGCAGUCUUAAUUAGAGAACUCCAAAAGCAACAGGAAGAAGAUUUUAAAUUAAUGGACAUAAAUUUGGCAACAAUUAACAAGGAAUUAAAAACGCUUGAGGAGGAUGUAUCGAAACUUCAAGCUGUCAUUCACCAGGAAGACAGUAUCACUUUUCUCAAGGAAAUGAAAAGAUUGCCAGAGAGAUGCCUUGGGAGUGAAGAAAGUGAAAGUCAACAAGAGGGAGAUGAUGAUGUUGGUGAAGAUGAUGACAAAAGUGAAGAUGACAGUGACGAUGAGAAUGAUGAUGACGAUGAAAAUGAUGACGACGACGAAAAUGAUGACGACAAUGAUGAUGCUGACAAUGAUGAUGAUGAAAAUGAGGGAAGUGAUGAAAGAAGUGAAUGUAAAUCAGAAGAAAAUGGUGAAGAUGUGGUGGAAUUCAGUAACCUGAUACUGGGAAUGUUCAGGGGACCUUUACAGUAUGCAAUAUGGAAGGAAAUGAAAAAAAUCCUCUCUCCAGCUCCAGCUUCACUGUUUUUUAACCCAAGCACAGCACAUUCUCAGCUGAUCGUGUCUGAAGACCAGAAGAGCAUAGAGCCCAACGACGUGUAUGGUUUGGAACGUCUUGAUGUCCUGGGAUCAGAAGGGUUUACAUUUGGCAAACACUACUGGGAGGUGGCAGUGGGAGACAUCUCUGACUGGUUUAUUGGUGUGGUCACUGAGUCAGCCACUGAAGAGGAAAUGAUGGAUCCUCUCCCUGAACAUGGCUAUUGGACUCUGCUAUUGAAAAAUGGAGAUGACUAUGAGGCUGGUGGUACUCUUGAACUGUGUGUGAAACCCAGGACCAUUGGCGUUUACCUGGAUUAUGAGGGAGGACAGGUGUCAUUUUACAAUGCUGAUGAUAUGUCUCAUCUCUUGACUUACACUGACACAUUCACUGAAACACUCUUUCCGUAUUUUGCUCUUCAUUGUAACAAUGAUGUUGAAAACAAUGAGCCUCUUAGCAUGCACCAUUUACUAAUAUGAGACAUUAAGCUAUAGAGGUUGAUGAGCAUGGAAGAGAAAUAGACACCUAGAUUUUCCACUGAAUCAGACACUUGUUAUUCCAAUGAAGUUGGAAGUUGCACAUGGGGGCACUGCGCAGUCCCCAUUGUAGCACACUUUGAAGGAAUUGCCUGGAAAAUUGAAUUUUCUCUUUGGCGAUUCCUCUAUUACAGGAACCCUCCAAAAGUCUCAAUUUGGGUCUCCGUUGAACUGAUGAAAUUAAAUAAUGUAGGGACUAAGGAAAAGUUAGACGAUUAAAUAAGUUGUCUAACCCUGAGUAACUAUUAAUCAGAACCCAAAUUUAACUAAGAUAUCACAACUACACCACCCCCAGACCUCUUACCACCCCCAGACUCAACAUUCUCUACCCCCUCCCCACUAAAACCUAGCUCCCACUAGACCUGACCUCUUCCUCCACCCCCUUGCCAGAUCCUCCCCUCCAACACCUGCAGACCUUUCUCGUUUCACAAUCUCCUGGACUUGAACUCCACAAAUUUAUGCUAUCUACUCUGCCCAGCCCCUUCCAGACCCGAUUUCCCCACUGAUACUGAGCUACCCUAAAGAUGGCAUCCAUUAUUUUGCACGCUGGCAACCCAACCCCCUACUGAUCUGAUAUCCCAUUUCUUCCACCUUCCUUUGUGUAAAACUUACCUGACACCCUACUAACAUGGCACUGCAGUCCCUAGUCAUCUGGCAUUCUACCCUUGACAUGAUACACCAUCCCCAGCUGGCACCUGACACCCUUUCCAUCAUACUCAUCUGACUCCCUAUCCUUCCUACACCCUAACAUCACGCUUACAGCACCUGACUGCUAUGCCUUCUUCUUGACUACUGUGCCCUAUGAUCGAACUGUCAGAAAGGAAGCAGAGCUCUGCAUUUCUGAGGAAGGCCUCAGCAGAAUUGCCUUUCAGAAAUCUGGAGCUCCCUUCUUUCAUUAAAAAAUAUAGAAGGGUUGGAGUGGCAAUCUGCGUGAGAUUGCCAUCCCUUGGAAAAUCUAAAUCUUAAUUCUCUUGCUGCAACUUCUAUAAUCUUACAAUACAGCAGGGAAUUAGAACUACCAGCAUGUGCCUAGUGUGUUCUGUUCAGCGAGAAUGACACAGAUUGAUAACACAUGGAAAAACACCAUUGGUUUAAAUCUGUAUAGAUCAUUUUCAGUACAUGGUUUGUGAAACAGUCCUGAUGUCUGCUAGCAUUUUACUCCUACUUAUUUCUGAGUAUUCUUGUGACAGUAUUUUUCAAGCUUUCGCUGUUAGAUGAAGACAUUAAAUCAAUUUUUAUACAGUGACAAUACAAUUUCUGAUUAAUAUUGAUUUUACUUUUAAAAACUGAGUAGUUUAGUUAGUAGAUUUGUGUGUAUUUUGAGGAGUUUUAAACAUUUGUUUGUAAGUUAGUUGAGCAGCAGGAAACACCUUUAAACAACUUCCUGCUUCAGAAGAGGAGGAUGUGGUUUGGAAUUGUACAAAUGAGAAUUUUCUCUCAGUAAAGUAGGGACAAGCAAUAAAAUAUUGAUAGGAUAGUGGAGAAAGGAAUCAAACUGGUCUACGGAAAAGUAACUCUUUGAAACAUUAUUGUUGAGGGAUAAUGGACAUGAAAUCCAUUUAAAAACCACUUAAAAUAUAACUGUGGUGAACAAUGAAAAGUCUUGUAGAAAAUGUGGAAGAAACAUGAAGAAAAUGUAAAAAAACUCAAUUACCUCUUAAAGUACGUUCAACAUGGGGACUGGAACUAGUUGGAACUUGUAAGGGUUCAUUGUAAGUAAUUGUAUAGAAUAUACAAUUGUACUACUGCAUAUGACUUAAUCGUAUGUUUAAUUACAAUAUUCUCAAUAAAUACUUGAUGACAUUAAUAUGUUA